CGGCAGCGCCGCCAUCUUGGCUGGAGCCGUUAGGGAGCCGCGGCCGCCGCUGCCCGCCCCGCCCGCUCCGCCGCCAUCGCGGCCCGGCCGCCGCUCCCCGCCUGCCUCCCUCCCUCGGCCGCGGGCAGGAGGGGCCGCCCGGGGCCUGGCGGCCGCGGAGAGAUGAGCAGCAGCAGCAAUAAGAGGGCCCCCACCACAGCCACGCAGAGGCUGAAGCAGGAUUACCUGAGGAUCAAAAAGGAUCCAGUGCCUUACAUCUGUGCUGAGCCGCUGCCCUCCAACAUCCUGGAAUGGCACUACGUGGUGCGAGGGCCUGAGCUGACCCCGUAUGAAGGUGGAUAUUACCACGGAAAAUUAAUAUUCCCUCGAGAAUUCCCUUUCAAACCCCCCAGUAUUUAUAUGAUCACCCCCAAUGGAAGGUUCAAGUGCAACACCAGGCUCUGUCUGUCCAUCACGGAUUUCCACCCGGACACCUGGAACCCGGCCUGGUCCGUGUCCACCAUCCUGACGGGGCUGCUCAGCUUCAUGGUGGAGAAGGGGCCCACCCUGGGCAGCAUCGAGACCUCCGAGUUCACCAAAAGGCAGCUGGCUGCACAGAGCUUAGCAUUUAAUCUGAAAGAUAAAGUCUUCUGUGAGCUCUUCCCUGAAGUGGUGGAGGAGAUGAAGCAGAAGCAGAAGGCGCAGGAGGAGCUGAGCUCCAGGCCGCCGUCGCUGCCGCUGCCCGACGUGGUGCCGGACGGGGACGCGCACCUGGGGCACAACGGGCACGCCGUGCUGCAGGGGCACCGCGCGGGCCUGGCGCCCGGGCACGCCGCGGGGCUGCAGCAGCCGCCCAGGAACCACGGACUCUUGGGGGGAGCCCUGGCGAACUUGUUUGUCAUCGUGGGCUUCGCCGCCUUCGCCUACACAGUCAAGUACGUGCUGCGGAGCAUAGCCCAGGAGUGAGAGCCCUGCAGAGACCACGUUGUGCUGGGGCCGGGGGGUCGGGGCUCUUCGGGGGGAACGCUGGGGCUGGCCCUGCCUGGGUCGUGCUGGGGCUUGGUGAGACACGUUGAUUUGUAGAGUUCUCCUCCGUCUGUGGUUUGAACAUUGAAGAUCUUCAACAAAUUCGACUCUGUUGAGUUUUCAAUUCAGGAUGAGUGGGACUCUUUGGAGUGGGACUCUUGGGGUGGAAAAUUUGGGGGUUUUUUGCCCUCCCUGGGUUGUGGUGGGGUUUUGGGUCUUGCUGCUGGUGAGAAGUCAAAUUUAUUGGUUUUAUUGUCCCAAGAAUUGGUUUUAUUGUCCCAAAAUGGGGGUUUGUGUGUCCCAAAAAUGGGGGUUUGUGUCCCAAAAUUCAGCAUUUGGGGCUCUGGGGAUGGAGGGAGCAGCACCUGGGGAGGGAAAAAUUCCAGUUUUGGGGUGGGAAUAACAAAGGAGCUCCUGCAGAGCAGCUGGGCCAGAGGACAACCCUAAAUGUGGUUCCACUUGAUUCGGGAUUUGUUUUAAUUCUUAAAAACCCCAAAAUUCCUUUGGGAUUCAGGAAAUAUUUCACCCCCAACCCCAAAAUUCCUUUGGGAUUCAUCUGCUGAGGUAAGACCUUAAAUUUUGUUUAAAACCAUCAAAACCCCAAAAGUCCUUUGGGAUUCUGAGAAUAGUUCACCCCCUAACCCCAAAUCCCACCCCCAAAAUUCCUUUGGGAUUUUUUGAGGAAAAACCCCAAAUUUGUUUCCCUACAAUUCUUUUUAAAAAAACCCAAAAUUCCUUUGGAAUUCUAGAAAUAUUUUGCCCCAAAUCCCAAAAUUCCUUUGGGAUUCAUCUGCUGAACUAAACCCUUAAAUGUUAUUAAAUUCUUUAAAACCCCAGCCCCAAUUUUUUGGUUUUCCCCUAAAAAUUUGUUCCAUUUAAACGCCAAAAUUCCAAUUCUUUAGAACUCCCUGGAUUUGGAGGAAGAUUUGUGGGAUCCCUGUGGAUUCCAGGAUUUGGGAAUAGAAUUUUUAUUCCUUUUUUUUGGGGUUGAUUUGUGUUUUCCUGGGAAUUCAGCUUUCCCCCAAAAAAAAGAAAAAAUGAAAUUUCAAUCUCUCCCUCAGGAUAAAAUCUUGGGAUAAAUCCUUGAAAUUCCAGCUGCAGUUCCAUGGAUUUAAAAGUUUGGGAAUUUUCCCCCAGAAUCUUCAUUUUUAAUAAAAAUUCCUGGAUUUUGGGGGGAUUUUCCCCUUUUUCCUGGAUUUUCCAAGCUCAGAGGAGUGGGAAUGGCUGCGUUGUAAAGUGAUUUAUUCAUAAUAAAAAUCCAUAAAAAAUCGA